CUUCCCUUUAGCACAUGUUCUAGGCGACACUGCACGGGCGCCAAGCCCUGCUCGGAUUGUAAGAAAUGGGGGCCGAGGCUCCGGCAGCCUCCAAAAAGGCUAAACGGCCCAAAGUCGAUGCUAAGUCAUUAGCUGAUGAUGUUCGGCAAUUUGCAAGCACCCUAGGCCUGGCGAGUGGCGCUGCUGCCGGCGGCAACGACGACGACGCCUUUGCCGACUUCGCGCCGAGCAAGGCGAAAAAGUCCAUCGCUGCCGACGGUGGCCAUCCCAACAAGCGGCAACGCUUGAAUGAGGAUGGCGGUGACGGUUCGGCGGCUCCGGGACGCAAGCAGCCGCCGGCGCAGAAGAAGGCCGCCGUGAAGGUCACGGAUGCAAAGCAGCCAAAAGAUAACAAGAAGCAGGAGCAGCGCGGGCGGAAGGGCCAGGAUGGCCCCCGCGGUGGCGAUGACGAUGAGUUGGGUGGCGACGAGCAUGGCGGCGCCAAGGGCCGCGAGGGAGGCUCGUCGGACCCACUCAAGGCCCGCGACUGGAACUUUGGCGUCGGCCCCCGGCCUGGCGAGUCCAAGGGGCUCAAGUCGUUGCUGGGCAAAGGCGACUCCAACAUCUGGCACCAGGCGCUGGCCAAGCUGCCGCCGCUGCAGGCGGAAGAGGCCGGCGGCCAAAGCGUUGACCCGGACCUCUACGAGCAGCGGCGAGUAGCUGCCGAGAAGCUGAUGGAGUCGGAGGCCGCUGCCUUUGAGAAGGAGCUGUCGAAGCGCAACCCCACCGACUCGAACUGGCUGCAGCAGGUCCGGCGAGCCGGUACCAGCGCCGACAAGCUCGCGGCGGCCACGCUGCUGGUGCAGGAGUCUGCGCCCGGCAACAUCAAGGCUCUGGACACGCUGGUGACGCUGGCGGCCAAACGCGGCGGAGGCAAGGAGCUGGUGCGGCAGGCGCUGGAGGCGCUGCAGGAGCUGUUCACUCGCUUCCUGCUGCCGGACCGUAAGCUGCGCUUCCUGGAGCAGCAGCCGCUGGCGGCGCUGGGCCCUGCCUCCGCGCCGCUGGGCCGCGACGGCGAGCGCCGCCUGCUGCUGUGGUGGACGGAGGACUGCGUCAAGCGCCGCUACGCGCAGUUCGUGGCGGCGCUGGAGGAGCACAGCAAGGACAACUUGGAGUUCUUGAAGGAGAAGGCCAUGCGUGUAAUGGGCGAGCUGCUGGCGGCCAAGCCCGAGUGCGAGGCGGCGCUGCUGUCGGGCCUGGUGAACAAGCUGGGCGACCCCAGCCGCCAGGUGGCCAGCAAGGCGGUGUACCUGCUCAUGCAGCUGCUGGGCUCGCACCCGGUCAUGAAGCCGGUGGUGGUGCGGGAGGUGGAGCGCUUCGUGUUCCGGCCAGGGCUGGCUGACAAGGCCCGCUACUACGCCGUAGUCUUCUUGAACCAGGUGCCUCUGAGCCACCGCGCCAGCGAGGGCGGCGACGUGCUGGCCAAGAAGCUGAUCGACCUCUACUUCACGCUGUUCAAGCUGGUGGUGGAGGGAAGCAUUGGCAGCGCUGCGGCGCUGCGCAAGCAGCAGGAGGAGAAGUACGCCGAGGAGAAGCAGAAGUUCUGGCGCGAGCAGCGCAAGCAGGAGACCGGCGGCGGCCGGGGCGGGCGCGGCGGGCGCGGCGGGCGCGGCAGCUGGGGUGGCCGCGGUGGCCGCGGCGGGCGCGGCGAUAAGAAGUCCCGCCCUCCUCCACCACCCAAGUUCGCGGUGGCCGAGGAGAUCGACGCGCGCCUGCUGUCGGGCCUGAUCACGGGCGUGCGCCGCGCCUUCCCCUACGUGGCGCCCGGCGACGUGGAGCCGCUGAUCGAGUCGUCCGCCUCGCAGCUGUUCCGGCUGGUGCACACCGCGCCCUUCACCGUGGCGGUGCAGGCGCUGCUGCUGCUGCACCAGCUCAUGUCGGCGCGCGCCGCCGUGAGCGAUCGCUACUACCGAGCGCUGUACGCGGCGAUGGAGCGCGAGGGCCCCACCACCUCGAGCCGCGCGCCCAUGUUCCUGAGCCUGCUGUUCAAGGCCAUGAAGGAGGACGUGUCUGUGAAGCGCGUGUCCGCCUUCGCCAAGCGCCUGCUGCAGCUGGCGGCCGCCGCGCCGCCCAACUGGGCCUGCGGCGCGCUGCUGCUGCUGUCGCAGGUGCUGGCGGCGCAGCCGGCCCUGUGGGCGUCCAUCACGCACGCGGAGGACAUUGGCGGCGGCAGCGUGGAGUCGUUCAAGGACAAGGCGGCGCCCGAGGACGACGACGACGACGGCAUUGAGGCGUUCAAGGACGAUGACGGCACUGAUGAUGGUGAGGAGGCGGAUGAGGAGGGGGGCGGCGGCGAGGGCAUCCAGCUCGACAUCAGCGGCCGCAAGGGCGCCAACGCGCUCGCCAGCACCAGCGGGCGAGGCGGCGCGGGCGCGGCUGGCGGCGGCUCGCUGGCGGCGAAGUCAGCGGCGGCCAAGGCGGCGGCCGAGGCGGCGGAGGCGGCGGCGGUGUGGCCGCAGCCCGGCUACUACGAGAUGGACAAGCGUGAGCCGCUGUACGCCAACGCCGACCGCUCCUGCUGGUGGGAGCUGACGGCGCUGGCGGCGCACGCGCACCCCAGCGUGGCGGCCAUGGCCCGCGCGCUGCUGGCGGGCGCGCCCGUGCUGUACGACGGCGACCCGCUGCGCGACCUCGGCCUUGCGGCCUUCCUGGACAAGUUCGUCAGCAAGAAGGCCAAGCCGGUGACGCGCGGUGCGUCCGUGAUGGAGCCCACGUCCGCGCCUCUGGUGGCGGCGGGCGCUGUGCCGCUGCCGUCCAAGAAGGCGGCAGCUGCCUCGGGCGGCGCCACGCCGGCGGGCGCCACGCUGGCCAAGCUCAGCAGCGACGCCUUUGCGGCGCUGGCGGAGGCGCAGGUGGACUCGGCCGACCUGUUCUUCCACAAGUUCCUCAACCUCAAGGGCGUGCAGGACAAGCGCGCCCGGCGCGUCGAGGCCAAGCAGCGCAAGAAGGGCAAGGCCGACGGCGACGACGCCGGCGACGACGUCGAGGAGCUGGACGCCCUGGGCGAGCCGCUCAGCGACGCCGACGACGAGGAGGUCGACCGCUUCCUCGCCAAGCAGGAGGGCAUGGCGGACGAGCAGCUGGGCCUGGGCGGCCUGGCGAUGGAGGACGACGAGGACGUGGACGGCUACGAUUACGGGGAUCUUGCAAGGGCCAUGGAGGCGGGCGAGGGCCUCAGCGACGAGGAGGACGGCGGCGCGCGGGGCAGCGAGCUGGAGGACGAUGAGGACGAGGAGGGGAGAGGCGACGGGAGCGGCGAUGGUGAGGACGAGGGCGAGGCGGCCGACCUCAACGUGCUGGACCUGCCAAGCCCCAGUGAGGACGACGAGGCGGACAGUGAGGACGGCGACGCCGCCAGCCGCAAGGAGCGGCAGCGGGCCGCCCUGGCGGCGGUGGGUCUCACGCAGGCCGACAUCGACGGCCUGUCCUCCGAGGACGACUCGGACGGCGAUGUCGGGGAAGAUGACGACGACGAUGAGGAGGAGGAGGAUGUGGAGAUGGCGGACGGCGAGGACGCGGAAGACCUGCCCACCGGCAGUGGCUCCGAGGACGAGGACGCCGGCGAGGGCGAGGAUGACCAUGAGGAGGGCGAGGGCGAGGAGGGCGAAGAUGAGGACGACGACAGCGACGGCUUCAUGGCGGCGAUGAUGGGCGGCGGCGACAGCGAUGACGAGGAGAUGGGCGGCGCUGAUGACGAGGACCUGGGCCUUGAUGAUGAUGAAGACGCCCCCGCCUUGGUCCCGCUGGGCGGCAAGAAGGCCGCUGACAAGAAGGGCGCCGGCAAGAAGGAGAAGGGCGGCGGCAGCCUGUUUGCCAGCGCCGACGACUACGAGGCGCUGAUUGAGCGCGCGGAGAAGGAGGAGCGCGAGCGCAAGGCCAAGGGCGGCGACGAUGAGGAUGGGGACGAGGAGCAGGGCAGCCGUGGAGGCCGUGGCCGGGGGCGAGGGCGAGGGCGGGGCCGGGCAGGCAGCCGUGGGAGAGGCCGGGGCGGCGGUGGUGGUGAUAGCGGCGGCCGUGGCCGCGAUGGCGGCGGCCGUGGCGGCGGUGGCCGCGGUCGUGGGGGUGGCCGGGGUCGGGGCGGUUCCCCAGGUAGCCGCGGGCGAGGCGGCCGUGGUGGGCGCGGUGGGCGUGGUGGGCGGGGCCGGUAUUAGAUAGGGUCAGGCAGCUUUGUUCACAAGGUUCCAGCCCAGACGCAGGAUGACACGCUGAUGAAUGGCAUGUACAGUAUGUUGCGACGUUGAAGAUGUUUGUGAGAGAGGAACAGGAUGCCUGAAGGGUAUGGUCUUAUUACUGCGUCCUAAUGCGGUAACUGGUAAGCUUGUAAUUCUCGAAAGCUGGUUUGCUGCGGUGGGCUACCCCUCGCGCCUCGUCCUGGGCACAGCUAGAGCAGGGCCGCAGGGGUGUCGGCCUGACCCACAUGGCCUGCUUCCGGGGACGCGUAGGGUUUAACCGCCCCACUUGGCUGGGGAGCAGCUGGCUGCCACUGCGGGGCCCUGCGGGCCGAGAGGCUGGCAUAACGGCAUGCCGAGCUGCAUCAUACAAGGAUGCCGCAUCAUCCCAAAAGGACUUGCCAAGUCGCGGGCUGGUAAGACACGGACUAGGACAGUGCGGGCGGCGGUGCUGGAGCGGCGCGGGGCGCGCGGCGUGGGAAUCCAAGGGUCCGGGAAAAAAAGGGG